AUGCAAUUUCUAAUAGUGCUACUUCUUAUAGAAGUGGCCAAUGCUCAGUUUCAAUGCAGCUCCGGUUUGACGACUCUCUUCAACAACAAUCAAGCUGUAACUUGCAAUCCACAAAAUCCGACAUCAUGUAGCUCUAUGCGCCCCGGAUACUUCUGUCAAAUGGCUAUUAGUGGAAAUACAUUUAUUUGUUGUGGAAUCCAAGCGCAACAAUGUGGCACAAACUCGCCUCAAAUCGGCUCAAAUGGACAACCACAAACUUGUUCAUCUGACGCGAAUUGUCUUAUCGGAUAUUCUUGCAGUUCGGGAACUUGCUGUCCUCUCACAAAUACUGGCACUGUUCAAAUUGGCGGCUCCUGCUCGGAUACGAUUCAAUGUGCUGGUGGUUCCUCUUGCUUCAAUCAGCAAUGCACUUGUCCGAUGGGCACAAACAACAACAAUAAUGGUCAAUGUGUUCGAGGAAGUUCUACCGUAUGCCCGAAUGGACAGGUGAACGUGAAUGGCGUUUGCAUGCAACAAUCUUUCCUCAAUGGCCAAUGCUCUUUCUCCGCACAAUGCCCAGCAAAUGCAAACUGCUUUAAUGGGAUCUGUGGUUGCAAUUCUGGAUAUCAGCCUAUUAAUGGUCAAUGCACAAAUAGCGGUGGUGGAUGUCCAAGUGGACAGGUAAACGUUAAUGGACAAUGCUUCCAACAAUCGAUUGCUGGCGGCCAAUGCUUUUUCAGCCAACAAUGCCCCUCAAAUGCGCAAUGUUCUGGAUCUAUCUGUGCUUGUAAUAGCGGCUAUCAAAAUGUGAACGGUCAAUGCACGUUUGGAGGAAGCACAAACAAUUGCCCGCUUGGACAAGUGACUGUUAACGGCCAAUGCAUGUCCUAUUCAUCACCGGGCGCUUUCUGUGUCUCUUCGGUUCAAUGUCUUGAAGGAGCUCAAUGUUCAUCAAGCAUGUGUAUGUGUCAAAGUGGAAAGACUGCCCUAAAUGGCUACUGUAUUGCGCAAUCAUCUGGGCCUUGCUCGAUGACGCAGACCUUCUACAACAAUCAGUGUUACACGUAUUCUUUGCCCGGUGCCACUUGCACGGCUCCGACCCAGUGUGUGGGUGGCUCGAUUUGCUCGAAUCAGAUUUGUCAAUGUCAAAGUGGUUACACAUCAAUGUAUGGCUAUUGUAUUCCAUCAAGCAGUAAUCAAGGCUGCUCGGUUGGACAGGUUUUGAUCAAUAAUCAAUGCUAUAACACUGUGCCGAUUGGAAGCUAUUGUAUGUACAAUGAGCAAUGCCAACAACAAGCAACUUGCCAAAAUUUCUUGUGUACCGUGGGAAGACAAACAUUUUGCCCGAGUGGACAGGUUUUGAUCAAUGGAGCUUGCUAUAACAUGAUGGUGACUGGCGGCUUCUGUCUCUACUCACAACAAUGUCCACAAGGAUCUUGUCAAAACAACGUUUGCAGUGGCAGUGGUAACUGUGGAUCGAAUCAGGUGUUGGUGAAUGGACUUUGCUACAAUCAGGUGCCGAUCGGAUCCUCGUGCACCUUUGCACAACAGUGUCUCGGCGGAUCGACAUGCUCAAACAGUUUCUGCGCUUGUCCCGUCGGCAGUCAACCAAGCAAUGGAUAUUGCAGCUACAACAAUGGGACAAAUGGAAAUUGUAAGAGCUAUGAGGUGCUCUCUAACAACAUUUGCUACGCGAAAAUGCCGAUUGGUUUCUCUUGCUCAAUCUCGAUGCAAUGUCCGACUGGAGCCUCAUGUCAGAAUCUGUGCAUUUGCAACGGUGGAUCAUCUUUUGAUGGAAAUCAGUGUUCCACCGGGAUCACGCAAUGCCAGACUGGAUUGGUCUCUGUAAAUGGACAAUGUCGAGCUCUUCGCUCUAUUGGUCAAUCUUGCAGCUUCAAUCAAGAAUGUCUCUCAUUUGCAACGUGUCAAAACUCGUUAUGCACUUGUCCUAGCGGUUGGCUUCCCGAUGUGAAUUCGGUUUGUCGACAGCAACAGAGUUCCCAAUGUGGAACUAACGCUGUUCUCAUCGGCAAUCAAUGCUAUCAAAUGGUUCAAAUUGGUAGCUCGUGUCAAUAUUCUCAGCAAUGCCUUGGCAACUCACAGUGCAACAAUUUCAUUUGUCAAUGCAUGAACGGUAACCCAAUCAACGGUCAAUGUCAGAAUGGAGGCUCAACACAAUACACGUGCUCGAAACCGGGCUACUAUGCGCCAUUGCAAAACAAUCAACCGAUCAACUGUCUCUACAACUAUUGCCCUGAUCAGUACAACAGCGUUUGCGAGUACAAUUAUCAGUUCCAAAACUAUAUGUGUUGCACCAAAUCGGCCACUGGGAAAAAGAAA